UCAUAUUUAAUAAAUAAGCAAAAUAAUAAACAUGGAAAGAGGUGCACCAACGACGUUUACUGUUGAUAAUCUGAUUAGUAAUUGGAAUGACAACUUUCCCAACUAUCAGUUGACUCCGGCUGACCUCAAGAAGCCCCAUGCAGUUAUUGGAGCACUUUUCUUAGUGUUUGAUAGGCUGGGCAUUGAUCGAGAUGCAGUUAUGAUGACUCCUCCUGAAGAAAGUCGCAACGAGCACACAAUCUACUACUGGGAUCUCCUGCCAAUCAUCAACAUAACUCGUGUAAUCAAUCACUUAGUAACAGUUAUUCCACAAAUGAAGUUAAAUAUUACUCUAACACAAUUCCUACAACCAUCUGUGACAACAUCACACUCAAUACUGCUUUUGUUAUUUAAUUUGAUGGUUUUCAAUGAGGACAGGCUAAGAGACAUUGCUCCAGAAGAAGAAGAACUGUUCGCCAAGACAGAGCAGGUUAAAGAAUUAGAAAACAAAAAGAAUAGGCUUCUUGAGAUGCUAAAUGAACAAGCUGUAGAGAAGGGGAAACGUUCAGAGAGACUUGAGAAGUUGGAUCAUGACAUAAAGCAAUACGAAGAGGAGUUACGACAAGAGACAGAAGCACACGAAGAAGAGAAGCAAGAAUUAGAAGAUAUUCUUAAAGAUAAUCACAAAAUAGAAGUGUUGCUUGAACAAAAGAAAAGUCAGAAGGAGGCGUUAAUGGCGGAAGUAGAUCGUAAAAAGGCUCUGAGAGUGUAUGACGCAGAUGAUAUAAAGGCCCAAGCACAACAAGCUGCACAGAAUGUGCAAGAAGCUGAGGAAAAGCUGAAUUCUCUAAGAGUAACAUUAAUGCAAAAGGAGAACAGCUUGAAGAACUUGCAGACAAUAAAACCUAAUUUAGAUACAGCCAAUAAUCUCUUACAUGAGAUUAUGAAACUCUCUGAGAGUUUGAAAGACUAUGAAACUGGCGAUCUAGACUUCGAUAGCAAAGAAGGUGAAUUGGAUGUUCUGAAUACAGAGCUAACGGAAUUGCAAAUUCAACUUGCCGAAUUGAAAUCGGCACGAGAGGAAGCUAGCAAAAAAAGGCAAGAGAGCCAGUUGAAGAGGCAACAGGAGAAGACAUUGGCACAAAGUGCCCUUCGUGAAGCGGAAGAUAAAGAUAAAAAGUGUCGCGAGAGAUGCAAGAAAGCGCUGCAGCGCACACAGGAAAUAAAGGAGUUAACUACCAAAUAUGAGCAGGAGAAAGCAAAUGGGAUGGAGCAAUUGACCAAUUUAAAGAAUUCAUUUUGCAAUGAGUUGAAAACAAUUGAUAGCGCAAUUAUGAAGAAAGUGAUGGAAGUGGAGAAGAAUAUUGAAGAGAAAUUACGCAAUCGUACUCUGUAAACUUUUAUAUAAUGAAUAAUGGAUAAGUGAUAUUUGCUGAAUCAUCUACGACGGCAUGAAUAGAUUCCAGGUCGGUCCCGUUGAGUCCUGGAUGUUGAUGUCUCUAUUACACUAUCUUAUUUUUAUUAUAGUUUUAUAAAUCUAAUAGUUAAAAUACUGUCCAAGUGAUUUUAUUAUUAUAAUAAA